GUGUGUUUCAACUAGCUUGCCAGCAUGUGGACUCUGAAAGAUCUUAUGAGCUUUGCACUUCCUGUGGAGGCAGGGAGAAGAACAAAGCCCGUGAAGGUGCCUUUUCUUUUCCUUUUCUCCACUAUCUGCUAAAUUGUAGCCUCCAGCCUCCCCCCUGCCCUGCGACCUUGGGGGGAGUAAGAUGAAGUGUAAAGGAAUCCUCCUCGCCGCCAUCCUGCAGGCAUGGACCCCAAUUACAGGUAAGGCUAGCUUUUCAUAUUUUGGUACGAAACCCCUUUGAAACUCAUUUCUAAAUGGAGGCAAGAUGACGCCGCUGUUGAAUAUGAUGCUCCCCUUGUACCAGGAGGGGAGUCUCUGUUUGAGCUUCUGCCGUAUGUGCACCCUCUUAGUUACAGCUAGCUAUGAUCUAGUGGGAAAACUGCAGCCCCAUAAUUAGUUUUAAAAGUACAGCAUAUAUUGGCACUUUGUGGGCUGGUGAGGAGCACGGGUGGCAUAAAAGAUAACAAACCAUAUCUGGAGGUGUAAACUACACUGUGGCCUGUUGGCGUCUGCCUGCAGAGGUGGGCAGGAAAGAGUAUCUCUGGAAUUACUGACCACCUGCUUGUUCCUCCUUUGCCCCUGCAAUCAUCCGUCGUAGAGUUCUGUUCCUCAUGAUGGCCAGGCCACAAAGCAUCCCAAUUAUUCUCUGGAUGAGAAUCAUUGCUGCCGUUCUUGAAACUUGGUUAAGGGAGGAGCUAUCAGAUUCCAAGUUGUUAGGACUUCUAAAGAAGCACAUAUUGCUCCCAUGGUGGGGGAGUCCUUCUCCAAAAGAAGCUGGCAAUGGUCAAACUCUGAAUUGAUUCAGGCAUUGGAGGGAAAUAAGGAAGCAGCAAUGGCGUGUUUGAAUAUAGCAGCUGCUUCUAUGAUUGGACUAAGAUGCUGUGCACAUUUACUUUGUCCUUAACAUAGUGGGGCUUGCUUCUGAGUAAGUAAAAUUGAAACCAUGCUGUAUACUUUCAUCUUAUCCAACUGUUUCUAUGUCUGGGAUGGAAAUCCAGCAGACAUUUCACAUAUUUAGCACCUCUGUGACUGCAAUCUUGUGUGCUCUUAACCUGAGCGUAAGCAUCAUUGAUCACAGUGGGACUUGCACGUCUGAAUAAACAAGCAUACACAAGCCAUACAAAUGAGCACAGAUGUAUGUCCUAAUUCUGUGUUAAAAGAAAUCUGAAAACUUUGGUUUGUGUUUCAAUAUCGGUUUCCAAAAUGUUAGUUUGCUUCAGUUAUACUUCUAUGGUUUUCUGAGUGAUAGUUAGAAGCUUCCUUCCAAAGAAAGCACCCAAAGCUGUUUAUUCUUCUGCGUUUCUGCUCAAGAUAAAUUCCCAGCAACAGUAAAAUGUAAAAUAAGUUGGAAAUAUUAAAGGUAAUUCUAAGUUUUGCACUGGAAGGCUCUACUAGAUUUUGUGAUAAAACUAGCAUUAAUUGGCUGCCUUUCAAUACCACUAUACAAUUAAUAGCAUAAUAAGGACUUUAGUUACACUAAGCCUAGUCUGAUGCUUGAUUUGCAUGUGAAAUAUUUUAAUAGCUAUUAGCUAUGAAAUAGCACAUAUUAGGAGACCCAUAUUAGGCUAGGGGAAAAUACCUACUUUGUAAAUUCUUUUCUUUCUCCUUACGUAUACUUCAAAUAUUGAUAAAAUAAUCAAAAGUGAACUGGUUGAACCCACUCAGCUUUAUGUGGGAGCUGAUUGCAUUCCUAAUGGCAUUCCUAUAUGGUAUAAUGCGUUUGAGAUACUUGAUAUAAAGAGCCAUGAAGAACCCAGAGCAUUUAGAAAGCUUUUGAGGGAAAUGGAGCAUAUUCACCAGGCUCUAGAUAGAAGUUAUUUCUAAGCUAGAUCUUUAUCUAUUUUAAUUUGUAUUUAUACACACACUCACACACAGAGCUAAUACAAUAUUACAGCUGUGCAAUUUUGUUUAAAGUAUCUUCCCUGAUUGGAUACAGCAGCUUCCACAAAUAGCUUAAGAGAGCUAUGUUUCUAUCUUUGCCAAAGGUGCCCCCCCCCCAGAAAAGAGAAGUUGGGGGGCGGGAGGUCUGUGCACAGACACACUCCAUAUUUCCAUCCAGCUCUCUCUCAAUCCAUUCAGUCAAGUUAUGUGAACUUCUGUGCUAAGGCAACUCUUCUGAAUGGAUUGGGAAGACUGGAUAUCAUACAGGCCUCUUAUUCCUUAAAAGUAGCUUGUCAUUCUGCUUAGACACACUUAUAUGGGCAUGCUGAAAGGAGGAAAGCUUUGAACACUGUGGGGAUCUCCUGACUCCUGCCAUGUGGGCACUGUACCUGCCCAGGGAUAGAGGAUACCCAUCAUGUGUAUGGACAUCGGAGGGAAAUAAACUACAAAUAUCCCUGAUACAAGAAGUUAUUUUCUUCAGUCUUUUCUAGUUUCACUAUUAUUAUUUAUUUAAAUGCACCAUUACUGUAUUUUAAUUUAUUUAAAUACUAUUUAUUUAAAUUAUUAUUUAUAUAAAUGUAUUAAUAUACACGUAAGUUUCAAGAGAAACCGGUUUCCAGAACGGUAGUAUUAAUAUCAUAACAUCCAUUUAGUCUAGGGUUCAUGUCCGAUAGUCCUUGACUGAAAAAGAAAUAUAGCUACAAGGGCAAAAUGAAGGGCACGUCUCCCAAUAAAUAAUACAAAAUGAGUGAUUUUUGUCAGCAUAUAACUGUCAUCUACAUUAAAUAACAAAAUGGAAUUCGACUUCCAUAAACAUGUAUUAUUUUUGUAGACCCCGUGCUGCUAAAAUUUAUACAUUCAAUUCUUAAUAACUACUGGGUCUCAUGGUACAUCAUUUACUAGCCAAUACAUUUACUAGCAGAUGGCUUAUCAAUAUAUUUGGCACACUUGUCAUCAAAGCAAUUUGGUAAUAUUGCUAUUUGGACCUCAAGAAGAGAGCUUUUUGUUUUAAAGGUAUGUUCCAUCAGAAAUGUUUCAGUGGUCAGAGACCAUCUAUUAAAAUUUUUGCACUUUACUCCUGGGCACACUUUAAAUUGGUCUAAGUAUUAACACCAUUCUUACUGCUAACCAGUCCAAUUUAUUGUCAAUUAUUACCAAUGAAUAUAUUAGUAUAGGGAAAUACUAGCCUUUUUUUCUUUUUUGAACAUGGCCAUAAAGAUGAAAGACCAUUAAAAAUAAGGCCUUGGAAACAGUCCACUGGUUAAAAGCAAAACAGGUAGGAGCCAAGGGAAAAGUGAUACGCCAACAAGACUAUAUCCAUUUAUCUCUGUGCAUGAAGUUUGGUGAUUUUUAUUUUUUUUAGUUCAUUUUGAGAUAAAAGCUGCUUUGGAGCAAGGUACAGCACAGGUGACUUUGGAAACAUAUAAACAGUUUCUGAUCAAAAGAGAAAGCAAAUUAAGGACUGAAAACUAUGCAAUGUUGAAAUGCAUGGCUAUGAUGAAUGAUUUGAGCGUCCAUUUCACCAAUCCAGUUUCAGGCACAUGAACUUGAUAAUCCUAUAUGGUUAUCCAUCACAGGGAAGAAGUUCCGUUCCUGCAAGGAUUUUUUAUUUUCUCUAUUAAGGUGUUAAGCAGAAUCUGUCUGUUUGUUGAUUGAAAACACAUCUACAUAUAGCAUUGUUUGCAUAAACAAUGCAUAGGCCUAUAACAGACCUUCAUUCAUUGGUAAGUCUGACUAGCUCCACUGCUGGAGGCGGUAUACCUUUGAAUACCAGUCACUGGGCAUCACAAGUAGGAGAGUGCUGUUGCACUCGGGUCUUGUUUGCCGGCUUCCCAUAGGGAUCUGGUUGAGCACUGUGAAAACAAUAUGCUGGACUAGAUGGGCCUUUUGGGCCUUAUCCAGCCAGGCUCUUACGUUCUCAGUGAUUUAAAUUUCUAGGUGUUGAUAGAGCACAUGGCAGUUUUCAUUAUCAUAGCAAGUUGCUAGGGUCCACAUACUUUUUGAGUCGCCUGGUAGCUGGGCUCUUCUAGAUGGUGUGAUGAGUUAGUAGUUUCCAACUCAAUUCCUUAGUAACACAAGAUACACAGGAAAGCCAUACAUGCCACCUGUAGCUUAUGUAGGCAAGUCCAAUACCAGUAAACAACAACAUGCCCACAACAACUGCUGCCACCAUCGCUAUUAGGAAUUGUUUUCCACCAUGUGUUCUUUGAAGACACGCAAGUUUGCCAGCAUAGCUGUCACAGCCACCUGCAUUUAAUGCCAUUGUUUUUGAAAAACUGACUGCAGAAAGCAGCUUUGCGUUCUUGUGUUUUAGAUUACACUGAAACAAAUGCAUCAACGUCCUUCAAGCAUUCUGAAUUAGUACAAGAUGCCCCCAGAUUGCAACAUUUAAAAAUAUACUUUUUAACCAAGAACAAUAAUCUGAAUAUGUCGGUAUCUGGUAAUGAGAGUAGAAAAAUAACCUUCAUUUACAUGAAGCUUAGUCUCAUUUCGCUUUCCUGAAAGGUGAUUAGAAAAAUUGUAUGAAAAGAAAUACUUUCUUGCUCUUGGCUAAUACGUAUAUGGUUGAAUCAAAAUUAGGGGCCUGUCUUUGUGAAUAUUGCCUUGUUCCCAGAAACCACCCUCUGGUUUGGGCUGGGAGGGUCUUAAAAGGAGUCAAUCCUACUUGCGAAUGGUUUCUGUUGCUAAGACAAUUGAGUCAACAGUUUUGGUCCUGCCAGCCCAGCUGCCUUAUCAACAAGAAUGUUUGCUCCCUUCCACAUUCCAAUAUGGACAAAACUGUGCAGCCCAGAUACUUUAGCUAUAGAGUUAUUGUCUCCUCUCUAAUUUAGAAUGAAGGUGAAGCUAUGCACUUAGUGACAUAAAUAUGUCACAGUGCCAUGUAACUCAUAACAUUUCUUAUACAAUUCCCGAUUGGCUGGCGCUACUCAGGGAAGACAGAAUUCCAAGGAGGAAAAAACCCUGUUUUUCAAGGAACAUUGUGAAUCCCUCCCCCAACAAAAAAAGUUCCCCUUUUGUUUUGAAAAUGUAUGUGGGCAAAAAUACCUCACAGUCCAAGCCAAGGUAGUCCCUCUUUAUUAUGUUUAAUAAUAAUAAUUCAUUAAUAUCCUUUAAAUAUGAAAUUCAAAUGAGGAUUAUUAUAUAGGGAUUAUCCGAGAUUAAACAGAAUCAACUGUUGUUCAUUGUGUGUGGAGGGCACUGUAGUGUAUUGCUCUUGAACACUCUGUAACUCACCAACCCUGCCAAUAAUUAGAGAUGUUGUAUGCAUACAUAAGUGGGGGACCCAUAGAUGUUCUCGGGGGCUUGUGAUUAGUGUGCCAAUUGUUAAAAUUCCCCCAAUUCCCCCUCCUCUUACAAUUCUUCUGGUGUGCAAAGGGGCAAACUGGAAAGAAGAAUGGCGGACGUUGAAAUUGAAUGUGUAUCAUCGGAGCCCACUCCCCACCCCCCUGCUUCUCUGUUCUAAUAGACGACGGUGAGCACCUACUCGCAGCUCUUUGCUGCUGGGAGAUUCCAGGGGGUUUGACUGCAGCGGUGGGAGGGGAUCCUGACCCCCCCUCCACACUGUUUGUCUGCCCUGCUUGACCCCACUGUUUGUUGCCUUCCAAGUCCAUGUGCUGAUACCCUACAUUUCAAAUAGAUAUAUAGAUUAAACGAUACACACCACCCCUCUCUCCAUAUCCAUUUAAUAUCUUUUUUCACUUUCCUUGCAGGUAUGUGUGUGAGGAUUUUGAUUAUGUUACUAGUCUCUAGAGAAUCAAGAUAGCUUGUGGCUGACAUUUACCAUAAAUUAAGCAGUCAUUUCUUCUUCUGUACAGCUUAACCUCUGUAAUGCUGUGAGACUUGUCACAAGCCAUGGGACUAAAUAUGCUAACACAGAUGAUCAAUACUAUGCUGAUUGUUUUGGAAAUGUUUAUCAGUUCUGCUUUCCAGUUAUCAGAUGUUCUCCAUUGAUCAUUGUCCGUUCCCUGUUUGUAUAUAUGAAUGCUGACAGGAAAAUCUGAAAGAGACUUUAAUAUUUAUAGCCAUUUUGCACCUUUUUAUGCACAGUGAUUUCAUUAAUUCAUAGCAGGCUGUGAACUGGGACGUUGAUGCAUCAGACAAAAAGAAGCAAAUUGGGUAGCUUCCAUUAAUGGUUUAGCAGCUAAACUUCUAUGUAUUUUCUGUUUAUCAGCAUAAUCUAGUAAACGUGUUCUAUUCAGACAUUGAUCAGUUCCUAAGGAAUGAAGCAACAUGUUGUUUUCCUUGGCGUUAUCCGGGCUAGAAAAUGGGUCAAAUAGAUAAAAAUUAACAACGUAUGCCACAUUAAAAGCAAAACAAAACUCAAUUUCUAUUUGUGUGCCUUAAUAUUUAAUAUUUCUAGCAGAUGUUCUUUACUUAAGUUUAGAGUGACACAGCAGAAGUGGACAGUGGUGUGUAUUUUAUAAAGAAAAGAAAAUGGAUUUUGCUUAGGAAGAGCUGUAUGUGUGUGGACAUGCAUUUUUUGACAUUAUUUAAAUGAAUUGUGUACUUAAAAGUUAUGUUAGGACUUCAUAAUUUUCCCCCUACAGUAGUAACUUUGGAUCUUUCUCAAGCAGAAGGCCAGUAGUUGUUUUUUAAAUCUGUUUAAACAUCAUAUUUUGGUUUGCAUCCUUUUGGUGCUGUUGUCUUUGGAAUUUUUUUUCAUUAAUAGGAUGUAAGUAUUUAAGAGGACGUUCAAUCACAGUUUAAGGGUUGUACUGUUUACACAUUACCCAGUGUGUUGACUUUGUGUUGUGUGUCCCUCUGGGAACAUAUGACAUGGAAGAAGCCCACAUGAUGGCUGCUUCCACACCAUGUAUGCACUGUAUGGAGGCACUUCAUGUAAGUACACAGUGUGCUGUGUAAACACACAGCAUGGCUGUUCCAUGUGGGCAGAUGCUUUAUACAUUUGCAGAGUGGGAGAAAUGGUGGCUUUCCAAGAACCCAGAAGGAGUCUGAAAUGUGGUCUGAAACCAGUAAGCAGUCUGAAAAUAGCUCUCUUGCUAUUUUGAAGUGCAAAAACAAAGGGAUCUUGCUGUUUACCAGUACAAUGUGUCAGAAAGGCAGAAAUAUAAAGAGAGAGAGAAAUAUUGUGAGAGAGCUCUAUAAAUCAGCAAUACUAUCUAUCAUCUAUCUGUCUGUCUAUUCCUCCUUUCCUCCUGAAGAAGCCCAGGUAGAAUUAAAGUUUAAUGGAAUUCCAACGGUGUUUUUCAAGGUACUGAAUCUGGAACUCUGCAUACUGUUUCUCAGGUGCUCCAAACUCUGUUAUGAAUUCAGGUUGUCUUGUGGUACCAUUAGUGGUGCUUGGUGGGCAGAAGGCUGAAAGGCCAAAGUAGUUGCAGCCAGAGCCAAAGAAGGGGAGGAAUCUGACAGGCAAUGCUGCCACUCAUUGGGUAAUCAGGCAGGCAGGUGGAGGUGUCUAAGGGAAAACUCAGGUUGGUGGGGCAUGGUCCACCUAAUGGACCAGUCUCCACUGGCUGCCAUAAAGAUUAACAGUGCAUCUGAUGAAGUGGACUGUGGUCAGUGAAAGCAUCAUAAAUGUAUUAGUGUUUAAGGUGCCAGAAUUCUCUUUGCUGUUUAUGAUCUUGAGCAGCCAUGUAUAGGAUUUAUGCUGCUACGAUUUGUAGUUAGGUCCCCCUGAAAUCAAUGGGACAAAAUUUAUCUAUUUUCCCCAGUGUGGGAGUAUGGAAAGUAAAAAUGUCAGAAAGAUCUGAUCUGUGCACAUUGCAGGGGUGUAGUGAUUUAUGUUGCUGAAAUGGUAUCAUCAUCAUCAUCAUCAUCAUCACCAUGUGAUAUGAAUGCUAAGUUCCUAAACUAGGAGUAUGGAGUUGGACCAGGCUUCCUCAACCUCGGCCCUCCAGAUGUUUUGAGACUACAAUUCCCAUCAUCCCUGACCACUGGUCCUGCUAGCUAGGGAUCAUGGGAGUUGUAGUUCCAAAACAUCUGGAGGGCAGAGGUUGAGGAAGCCUGAGUUGGACCAUCUGAAACAUUGGGACAUACUUUUGAGUAAAGAUGCACAAUACUGCACUGUAUAUCUUUAAAAAAAAUACUUUUCAGAACUCAAUAUUGUAAAUACUUUUGCUCCAGAAUUGAAUCUCUGCAGUUAGCUAGCCAGCCCAGGGUCUACUGUGUUGGAAAUUGCUGCUACUCCUAGGAGCUUAUACUGUAUCUUUUAAAGGCCCUUCAAGGAACUGAAGAGUUGAGUUUACAAUAUAAUGCUAAGUGGAUCAUCAGGCUGACUUAUUCUUUGAAACACCUGGAAAAGAAGUGGAGUACCACUGAAAUGCCACCUUAAGAAGGUGCAGCCAAUAGAAAAACUAUGCUGGAAGAUACUAGACAAUGAAACGGGUGAGGAACCUCCAGAAUGGGGCCAAAUGUGAGGACUCUGUCCAGCUCCAAGGACUCUCUAGGUCACACCCCUCAUUUGCUCUGCUGUCCACCCUCCUUGUGUGCGUUUACCUGGCUGGAAUGUGUUUUUGCUCUGCCUGGAUGGGGAGAUGGAGAGAGAGGUUGUGGAAACCUUUGGUUUUUGCAUGGUUGGAAUGUAGAAUUCUAUGACGAAUGACCCACUUCGAAAAGUGUCGUCAAGAUUGGAAGGUUCAGAAACUCAAGCAAGGCCAAUUCCCAUAAAAGCAUACAAUAAAGUUUAUUAAAAGCCAAACUCUGUAAAAAUGAAAAGCUUCAAACAAUUAUGCAAGUUAAGACUGCUCAGAGUCAAAAACAAACAUAACUAUCUUAUCUAGUUAGCUGACAGAAACACAUGCACAUAAAUCUUAGCAGGCUGAGCGGCAAAGCAAAAUACAGUGGUACCUCUAGGUAUGAAUUUAAUUCGUUCUGGAGGUCUGUUCUUAACCUGAAACUGUUCUUAACUAAGGCGUGCUUUCACUAAUGGGGCCUUUUGCUGCCACUGUGCCACUGGCACACAAUUUCCGUUCUCAUCCUGGGGCAAAGUUCUCAACUCAAGGUAACUCUUCCAGGUUAGCGGAGUUUGUAACCUGAAGCGUUUGUAACUCGAGGUACCACUGUACCUUCUAGGUCUGAACAGGCGCUGACCUUCCAUGAAGGGAGAACUGCUUAAAACCCCAGGUUUUAAGGGAACACUGACUAUGGGCCUUCACCAUUUCCUCCCAAAGAAAUUAGCACCUGCUCCCAUCACAUGUCUGAUUACCGUUCCACACUGGCCUUGAGGCCUUAAUGAGAGACAUCUGUGUUUAAAAUCAUUAUUCCAGGAGUUCUAACAAAUUCCCACACAAUCUGCAUGCUUGUCUUAAAGGGAGAAUAUCACCACAGCCUCAGCCAAUUUUGCUUCUGGCCCCUGCAACCUUUCAGAGUUUGCUCUCUGCACCCCUGCAAUAAAAUUGCUUAGAAUGUACAGGACUGUAAUUUCCCCUUGUUUUGAUUAUUUAAGAUCUGUUGAGUUUUGAGGAAUAGUUGGAGUUGUUCUAAUUCGCUUUGAUUUGAUCACAUCCAUACUGUCAUUGCAGAAAACAGGUCAGUGAUAAUAUAGAUAGUGCCUCUAAAUAGUAUGAAAAGUCUGCCUAGUUAAUUAAUGGGAUGUACGCAGACAGGCAUGCUCUCUUCCUCAAUUGGAUUUAAAUGGGUCAGCCAACAGUAUAAGCCAGUCACCUCCUAAAUGAAGUUAAAAUGUUUGUAGCAGAAAGAUGCAUAUAAUCACAGCAUAAGCUUUCAUAGACUAGCUCCCUCUUCAUCAAAAGUAUAUGCAGCAACAGACUAAGAUGUUAACCCCUCUGGAAGAUAGCUAUAACAAUGCAUAAUUCUAGAUAAUUACGUUUUGUACUUGCAAAAACAUUGUCAAGGUAUUAAUUGCAUUAUUACAGUUUUGGUCUUUUAGUCAUCUGUACUUGAUUUUUCAAAUUUAUAUUUCUAAGUAAUUUGUAUUUUGUGUUGUGGAUUUGUUUGUUUUUUGCUCUUUCCUUACUAUGGCAUAGGUUUGCUUUAAAAUCUGUUAAAAUGAAAAGAUCACAAGUACACGUGAAUCAGCAGAUUAUAGGAGAAGAGGGAAUCCUCAAGGGCAUUAAAGGCUGUAGGGAAAAUCCAGAAAGUUGAUCAUGACCUGUUUUGUUUCAGGCAUUUAAUGGAACUAAUAGGGUUCUCUGUUGAGGCAGAAGGGGAAAGAAGCCAACACUUACAAAUGUUCCUUCUAACAGUUAGAUGGAAGCUUGAAAAGAUGGGCUGGUGGUGAACUGGUUUGUAGUGAAAUACUAGUGCCUCUUGAGCCUGGUUGAGAAUAUAACAGAUAGGCAAAACACAGAGAAGUAGCAGGGUUGAAUGAAUUUUCUCCAUCCCUCCAGCAACCUCUCAGAAUGGAGGUUAAAGCUAUGCAUGUGUGUGAAGCAGUCAGCAGCAGACAAAAUAAUUACCUGGCUGCCUGGUGUUCCUUGGAAAGCUGGCAUGUAGGACAGAUCCAUUAAGUCAAAGGCUGGUUUAGACUAGGGAACUGGACAGAUUGUUCUGCACUUCUAGGCAUAGCCACAGAGUUCAGAGAUAUUUUACCACUGAUUGAUUCAUAUUUUAAAAUUAUCCUGUUCUUCUUGUGCCCAUGUACCAGCCAGGGCAGCCACCAACCCCAGCACGGGGACACAGCUUUCUCAACCAAGUUUCUUUCUCGCAUUAUAUGGAGAACAAGCAUGGGGAAACUGUGUCCCCCCAUGUUGUUGGAUUGAAGUAUCCACCCGCCUCACCCAGCAUGGCAAAUGGUCCAGGGUGAUAGGAGGUGUCCCCCCACACCACCAGGUGGGUCAGAAGUCCCCCAUCCCUGACCUAAAGUUUCAUCAAGGUAGAAUCUAAAGGACAAUGACCGUCAUGCAUAUCUGUAAAACACAACGCACAGUGCGGGCUCCCUAGACACACUGAGUCAAAGUAAAUGAGUGCCAUGCCACUGCAUGCGCAAACUAAGGGCAUGACUGUGAGAUACCAUGUAGUGCCUUAUAAGAAUCAAAUACUUUGUUUUAUAGAAAUGGGUGCAGACACCUGUGCCUUGCCCUUUUUUUACUUUCAUUUAAGCUUCACUGCAGUUCUUAGAACCAGCCAUUUCUCUGAAUGUGGGACAGUUAAUGAAGCAGGAUGUUCUUGCUCUUUGGGCAGAGUAAGUGUGAAUUCAAACUUGUGUUGCCUUUUUCUUUUUUAAAAAAAUCAAGUUAUAUGGCACAAAUGCCUUGGCAGUAAUUGAAGCACUGCAAGGAAGGGAGAAACUGACUGGAGCUUGUAUUGUCAAGCCUAGUGAUCACUGGUAAAUCUUAUUCAGCAUAUCAGGAAGAAGAGAUCCUGUUUUCAGAGUGUGUUCAAUGCAUCAUUCCAGUAAUAAUAAUAAGAAAAAUAUUUAUUAGAGUGUAAUUUAUUGUAUAUUAAUUUCCACCUGUCAUCUGCUUGUUGGUACAACCUGUAAAAGCCUUUUUUCUUGUAAAAGCCUAUUUUUUGUGUCUUCAUUUAGUUCCCCAUGUCAUAAUUAUUAUGAAGUGUGGAAAAAAUGACCCGAGAUCACCUGUGGCAUGUGUUGUGCUGCAGGGGAAAAGAAUUGUAACCAAGAAUGUGAAUUGUUUUUCACUCAGUACUUUGUUUACUGAGAUGGCUUAGACCCAGGUCUCUGGCUACUUUCCCCAAGAGUCAGUGGAAAGUGUUGGUGCUAGUAAUCUAUUUCACAGAAAAUGGAUGACAAAAUGCAUUGUCAUUUCAAGUGAACCUGCCCACACUUAUCUGGUUAAUCCAAGGUUAACCCAUCUAUUACGCCCAUUUGGUCUGCCCAGGGAAGCUUGUUGUCUUAAUCUCAUGUAAUAACUGCUGUGAAGUGAAGUUGGAUCUGACAGCACCUGCUGGUGGAAGUGACAGCUUCAUUCUGCCAACCUGGAAAUCUGGGGUGGGGGUGGGGGUGAGCAAAACAAGUAGAGAUGGGAAUGCUAGGAGUUCUGCUCCUCAUGCCUGAGUGUUUUGUGGAAUUAAAGGUUUAUUUAGAACAGUCAAUAUCACAGUGAUUUCACCCCACCAUACAUUUGCUGGGCUCUGCCUCUUUUACCUUUUCCUUAAUAUACCCCUCGGUUUUCCUUGUGCAGUUAGAUGCUGACAAUGGGUCUUUAAUUAAAUUUGCUGAAAUUAAAGUAUACAUUAAAAUGCCAGUAAAUAUUAUAAAUAAUAGAGGAAAAAGAGAGCUUGUUAAACUGGAUUCUGACAUUUUGAAUUAACGGUAUGUAAUUCUGCUCCAAUGUAACCGUAUUAGACUCCUGUUAUCUAUUCUAGUCUAAUAGUGUGUUGUUGUUUUUUAUAAGACAUGAGUUAACCCAGGGUAUUUCCAUCCUGGUACUUGUUUAGCCAUUCUGUUCUACUUGGUACAAUAUUUUUGCUGAGGUCAGUUCUUCUUCGUCCUCCAGAUUCUUCCUCAUGUUCUUUGCUGUGUUUCUGUGCUUUGAUUUCUCUGUAGCAAGCAGUUAAGAUCUCAGACUCUUUUAAGGCACUAGUCUUCUGCACACUUACUUACAUGCAAGCAAGCCCCAUGGGACUCCUUUUUGGGUAAAUAUGCAUUGGAGUACACUAAGUGGCCUUUAGUCAAGCUACUUACAUAAGAACAUAAGAGUCCUGCUGGAUCAAAUCAGUGUCUAGCAUCCUGCUUCUCAGUGACCAACCAGAUGUCUCCAGGAAGUCCAUGAGCAAGGCUUGAUGGCUAUAGCUGCCUUCUCAUUUCCCCUAGGAAUUGAUACUCACCCCCCCAAGCUUUCAUGACUGUCACUGCUCAAAGGAAUUUGUUUCUGUAUGUGCUUUCUUAAGUAAUGAACUCAUACUCCUGCUAAUUUUUCCUCUGGGGUAUAUUAAAGAGGCCUAUGUUUCUCAUGUUAUUUGUGACUUGAGGAUGCCAUCAUCAUAUCUGAGUUUCCAUAUUGACAUGUUGAGUUAGACCUGCCUUGGCCUCAGUUGCAUGACCAACUGAGAUAUGGCCAUGUUCUACCUCCACAGAUGGAGGCAGUGUGCCUCUGAAUGCCUGUUGCUGGGAAUCACAAAUGGGCAGUGUUGUUGCACUUGGAUCCUCCUUUUGGGUUUCCCACAAGCAUCUGGUUGGCCACGGUGAGAACGGGAUGUUGAACAACAUGGCCCAUUGGCCUGAUCAAGAAGGCUCGUCUUAGGUUCUUUUGGCUGCCCACUAACCAAUUGUUCUGGUUUCCAUGUACUCUUUUGAAUUACAGGAUAGGUGUGUCUGAAGAAUUUAUUAUGAGAUGUACAUAGUUUGAUUAACCCAAGCAACAUCUAAAAUAUUUGGGCAGUUGAAAGAAGCACUAUUUGCACAAAGCUAUAUUUAUACUCACACAGCUCUCAGGAUGGCAGUCAAUAUGAAUAAAAGUGGUAUUUUAGUUAUCAGAGGGUUUGCUUAUCCUUUUGAUCAAACUAGAUGGCAUGGUGCCAGGUACGAACAUCGUGUGAGAAUCUCCUCACAUGUUCGACACACGUGGGUGGCUGUUUGAUGUGGCAGGCCGGUGGCAAGCUCUUCUCUCCUCCACACACCUACAUGCCUUCAUUUACAGGGUUUGAAAAGAACCCAGCACCUGCAACAGUGAAUAGAGGGCUCUGUUCACAAAUUUGGGAGUCCCCAACAUGUAAAGAGAGUCCUCUGUACAAUAACAGUUGUUUCAAUGAACACAUGCAUUUGUGGGUUGAACCCUGGCCCCUGCUGCUGCAACUUUGCACCCUCCCCACACACUUUCAUUGAACAUGUGAAGAGAUACAGUAGAUAAGGAAAAAAAAAUUGAUCAAUGGAACCAUUUCAAAGGGAGUGGCAGGGAUACAAAUUUAGGCUGUCUGUUCUUUUUAAAGGUUAAAUAAACCCUUUGUGUAGUAUAUUUUUGUGAAAAAUGAUUGUGGGACUCUACAUGCCCUUUCUUGCAUGUAGAACAGCUUAUAUAACAGGGAUGGGGAACCUGUGGCCUGCCAGAUGUUGGACCACAACUCCCCUCAUUCCUGGCCAUUGGCCAUGCUGUUUGGGGGGGGGGUGAUGGCAUUUCAAGAACACCUGGAGAUGUUCCCUAUCUCUGUUACAAAAAUAGUAGUUGGUUCUGCUCAUUCUCUCUUCCUGUAGGGGCAGACUCAGAUUCCAUUCCAGUGCAACUGAUCCUUUGCCAAAAUUGACAGUACAGUAUUCAUCUUACUGUCCACUGUGGUGAAAAUACAUAACUUGCAUAGUUGAUUGCAUAAAUUAUGCUGUCAGUAUAAUAUUCCCCCCAUUCAUUUUAGUGCAAAAUAAACACAGUGCACAUGGGGAGGGGGUGACAUAAUCAACUAUGCAUAUUUGUGCCCCAAAAGCAACAAAUACUGAUCAUAUUUUCUGUUCCAGGCAUACGAAAGAAAAGCAAAGACCAGCAAUUUCUGCUCCCUUGACUUUUUUCCUGGGAAUUCUCUGAGAUCCCUAGUUAUACUAUCCCUAAUUUCUAACCUUGGUUGAGGGUUAGGGGGAGGCUGAUCAAUUGGCUGCUUCUUCCCCCAUUGCACGCAGGGCCCUGCUGGGGCUUAACCAGAACUAAGAGUUCUUUUGGCAGGCACCAAGAUUUUCCAUUGCUACAGCUGGCCAGUGUAUGCUUUUAAUCAUGAUUUGAAACCAGGGAUUGAAGCUUGUUAAAACUUGUCAGUUUUAGGAACUUGGCCCUUAAAUAAUGAAGGGACCCAUUGUUCUUAGUACCAGAAAUUGGGGGAAAACCCUUGGCCAAAAAUCCCAGUGACAAAUUCUGCUUUCAGAAAGAAUCACAGGAACAAUGGUGUGUCCAAAGAAUGCAUGGAGGGGCAUUCUGACCCUCCAGGUAUUCAGUAGAGUAUCAGAACAGAGCACAAUGCUCUCUAUGCAGUUGUCAACCCUGUACAAGGCUGUAUUUCCAAUUUUGCUUUCAUAGCUUGUACAUGUAAGCUUGAAUUGGAACUUCUAAUGAGUGCAUGAAGGUCAGGGAAGGACCAGCAGACACAGUUCUGCUCCCCACCCACAUCUCAUGUAAAGGGCUAAUCCUAAAUACAUAACUGAUUGAUUGUGUAGUUCUGUCCUGCAUACAUUGGAUUUUAUGCAUGCAUGUGCUAUGCAUAUACACUUUGCCCACAUGCAGCUGUGUGACAGGUCAGGACUGCCUAGUGAGUGGGGUGGGAAGGUGCAGUGUUAUUCCCCACUGUGUGUAGGGAUAAGAUUGUCAGCAAGGUAUUCCAGAGUUGUUCUUUUACCAGCUAUUCCUUUUGAACCAAUACCAUUGUUGCUUUCUUUAAUCUUUUAUAGCAGGGGCGGCUAACCUCUGUACUAAAGACUGGUCCAGGUCCCCCAACAAAAUGUUCUGUCCCCUGCAAGGCCCCACCGAUACUUGGCAGUGGUGGCAAAUGUAUAUUUUAAAAAGUAGACACUGUUUGGGUAAACAGAGAAGUUGAAUCCUCUCUGCCCAUCCCAGAACCCUGGUGAGGAUGGAGAUUGCUCCCUUUCAUCAUUAAACAGAUCAUUAGAUGAGCAGGGAGGGGGCAUUUGCUCCCCCUCUGGAGUGUGUGUUUGAGAGAGUGGGGUGGACACAACCAUUUCUUGCAUGUACCCCCUGCCCCCAAUGGCUGACCAAAGGAGAGCUUGGCCCUCAGAACAAGAACUGUUAGCCAUCUUUGUUUUAUAGGUUGCUGUAUCUGCAUUAAAAAUGAACCAACUCUUUUCCUUUACCUUUAGCAAGAGGUUAAACUGUGGUUAAGUAGUUACUCAGAAGGGGGUCUUCCUUCCGGGUCGUCUUCACUUCUGGUGUGACUGGGAGAAGGCAAGUGGGGGGGGGCAAGAGUAAAUCUCCCUUGCGUGUGCGCAUGUUACAGGCCUUAUUAACUUCUGUUCACUUUCUUGAACUUCAUGAAAGUCAUGACUGAACAUCAGUGCUGUGGUGCUUGAAAAGAAUUAAAAGAGAGAAAAUCACCCCUGCUGAGUGCUCCAGGUGCUGCCUGGCAAACAGAAGAAAGCUGUAACAUAUGUGAUUCUCCAGAUCAGGUCUCACCAAGUACAGGCCUGUGCCCUAUUCUUGUGCGUAACAACACCAGGGUUCUUAGCAGCUCUUGGAACCAGGCCUUCUAAUGAUUUCCUCACUGAUGCCCCAUUUUCAGCUGGGUGCAAUUUAUGCUUAUCAAAGAGAGAAAACGGGAAAGCUUUUUCCUGUAUUCUAAAAAAGAUGAAAAGGAGACAGGGAGGAGGAGAAAAUGGUGGUGACGAGGGAAGCAAGCGAAUAAAGGCUGGUUAGAGAAAUCAAUUAAGCUGUAAAAGGUUAGGCUACUUGCCGAGGCAGGCAAGAUGGGGAGAAAGCAAGAAAAGGAUAAAAAAAGCCCAGUUAGUAGAUCACAAGAGUGGCAAAGAAUUAGAUUAAGGGGGAGAAAACAUAGAAAAGGUUGCUUGGUAAGAGACCUUCAUGUUGUGUUCCCUUCACAUUCAAUUCUUUAGAAGCAAAAGCACAAAUUGGGGGUAAAAGUACAAGUUAGAUAUGGCUUUAAUCAUGUCAUUUGAGGCAAUGGGAGAAUUUGCCUUCCUGGAUCUCUUCCAUGAACAAAAAAGUAAUAAUUCCAAUACACUUUAGGCAGAUUUGCUAGAAAUCUUGGAAGCGGUGUGCAUAAACAGCUUUUUCACCUGAGGUAAGCCAUACACACCAAGUUAAGAUAAAGCUUUGAACAAUCCCUAUUAGAAGUGAAUGUAAAGUGUGAAGUAUCUCUCCAAAUUAUAGCUUGGAUGGAAACAAAUAAUAUCUCCUAAUAAUGGACAGAAAGGCAUAGUGCUCCAGAAGCCUGGCAGGAUAAGAAGAAAGAGCUAUAAUUCUCCAUGUGAGAUGUAGCAACUAUUUAAAUAUAAAGAAAUAUAAGCCUGGUGGUUUUUUCAUGCCCUUCAAAUUAUUUGCUGUGCCAUUUGAUCUGUAUUUAUUCAGUAGUAAGUUGUCCCACAGGACGAGGGUGGCACUGUGGUCUAAAUCACAGAGCCUAGGGCUUGCUGAUCAGAAGGUUGGGGGUUCGAAUCCCUGCGGUGGGGUGAGCUCCUGUUACUCGGUCCCUGCUCCUGUCCACCUAGCAGUUUGAAAGCACGUCAAAGUGCAAGUAGAUAAAUAGGUACCGCUCUGGCGGGAAGGUAAACGGCGUUUCCGUGCGCUGCUCUGGUUUGCCAGAAGCGGCUUAGUCAUGCUGGCCACAUGACCCGGAAGCUGUACGCCGGCUACCUUGGGCUAUAGAGCAAGAUGAGCGCCGCAACCCCAGAGUCGUCCACGACUGGACCUAACGGUCAGGGAUACCUUUACCUUUUUAAGUUGUCCCACCUACAAUGGGCCUUACUCCCAGGUGUGUGUGCAUAGUCUUACAUGCUGUGUACACACAACACCUUUAAAAUAUAUUCAAAGCACAUUAUUUCUGUCAAAGAAUUCUGGGUGCUGUGGUUAAGAGUUGCUGGGAAUGAGAAAUCUGAUUAGGGGAGAUAAUGUGUUUUGAAUGGGCUUUCAAUGUGUUGUGUAAACACAUCCUUAUAGCACAAUCCUAAACGUGUCUACUGAAUUCAGUGGGGCUUACUCCCAUGUUCGUAGGCAUAGGAUUGCAGCCUUAUUUGCUUUAAAUAGGGUUGGGCAACAUGUAGCCCUCUGGAUGUUGUUGGACUAGAAUUCCCAUCUUCCCUGACCAUUGGCUGGCUGGGGGCUGAUGAAAGUUGGGGUCCAACAAUAUAUGGAGGGUGACACGUUGCCCACCCUGCCUCAAAACAAAGUAUCAUCUGUUCCACUGAUUCUUAACCCCCAUUUCAUUGAGGACUCCUGCUUGGGUUUGCUCAUUCUUUACGUCUGCCAUCAUGUCAGUAAGGUUUUCAUAUUAGCACUUGUACUCUACGACAGAUAGCAAUAUGGGUAUAUGAAUAUACGUUGGAGACCCUGUUGUUUUUAAAGUUUCCAUUGCUACUAUGUACGCUUUGUUUUUCUUGCUGAGCAUUAUUUUAUGAUGGCAUUUUUAAGCCUUGUUUUUAAAUAUUUGUUUUGAGUAGUGGUCAAUGGUCAUGUGUUGUAGUUUUAUUAGAUGUGCUGGAGGGUGGAUUUUUCUUUUAGAUGAAAGGUGGGGUCAACAUAAAAGUGCAAAAAAUGAAACAUAGGAAAGUGCUGUAGACAAAGAAAGUCAAACAGAUCAAUGGUUCUCACACUGUUGUAGAAGGACCGCCUGCACUUCAGGUACGGCAAUGAAAAUUACUGAGGAACAUGCUAUAUGGUCAAGGGUUUCUGUGGUUUCUAAUACAUACAGGAAAGACAAGACACCUGUCCGUUUACAAUGUAAGAUAAAAAGCAGCUUGUCUUAGUAUGUAUUUAACUCUGAUAUCAGAAUAGUAAAGUAGGUUUUAUAAAGAGGGUUAAUCUCCUUACACAACUGUAGUCCAUCACACUUCCCCCCUGUGUUUUAGACUUUGGCUUUGUUGCUCUGUAUUUGACCCCAGUAUCGGUCAGAUUAAAAAGGUACUCAUUUUAAGGUAGAUGGGUUAAAGAGAACGAGGAAAACAACAUUUCAUAAGAUAAUACUCAACAAAUAAAUAUUUAUAGUCAUUAUAGGCCUUCUGCAUUGCUGGGCUGCCCUUUGACCUUCAGAGGUAUUUGUUACCUUGGUAAAAGCACAGCAGAAACUGUCACAAGAGCAUCAGAAGAGUCUGCUGGAUCUGUCCAAUGGUCCAUCUAGUCCUGUGUCAGAUUCUCACAGUGGCUGCCCAGAUGUUCGUUGGAAACGUGCAAGCAGGACCUAAGCACACUCCCAUCCUGCAGUUUCCAGAAACUGGAAACUGCCUUUGGAAACUGGUCUUUUCCUAUUCAAUAUUGUCAUAUUAACAUUCAUUGACGUCUUUUUCUCCUGCCCCAUUUAUUUAUUUUUAAGAUGCAUGUCUAAAAUGUUUAAUAUUUCAACAAUCUCCAUGUAGUAUUCACUGUUGUUCAGGACUUUAUGUGUUAACAACAAGACCUUGAACAUGGCCCAGGAGCUGGUCAGCAGCCAGUACUGUUUCCUCAACACGGAAAUAAUAUGUGCGCAUCCACUCAACAACUUGACUCCAGUAUUCUGCAUCAAGUGCAGCUUUUGGACCAAUCCCAAGGGAAGCUACACACUGAAUGCAUUGCAGCAGUCUAAUUGUGAAGUUACCAACACAUGAAUCACAGUGGCUAAGCUAUCCCUGACCACCAGUCUAAGCUGAUAAUGGGUGCUUCUUGCCACAAAAGUCACCUGAGCCUGCAGUGACAAAGAUGGAUUUAAAAGUACCCCCAAACCAUGCACCUGCUCCUUCCCUGUCCAGAACUGAACUCCCCAACUUCGACCUGGGAUCCACCACUGUCUCUGUGUCUUACCAGGAUGCAAUCGCAGUUUGUUGAUCCCCCCAUUUGUUGGAACCUGGUGCCUUCCAGAUGUUGUUGAACUACAAUUCCUAUCAGCCCCAGUCAAUAUGGCCACUGGUCAGGAAUGAUGGGUGUUGUUAUCCAACACCUGGAGGUCCACAGGUUCCUUAUCCCUGUUAGGUAAAGGGACCCCUGACCAUUAGGUCCAGUCGCAGAUGACUCAUCUCGCUUUAUUGGCCAAGGGGGCCAGUGUACAGCUUCAGGGUUAUGUGGCUAGCAUGACUAAGCCGCUUCUGGUGAACCAGAGCAGUGCACGGAAACACCAUUUACCUUCCUGCCAGAGUGGUACCUAUUUAUCUACUUGCACUUCAUGCUUUCGAACUGCUAGGUUGCCAGGAGCCGGAACCGAGCAACAGGAGCUCACCCCAUCGUGGGGAUUCGAACCUCCGACCUUCUGAUCGGCAAGUCCUAGGCUCUGUGGUUUAACCCACAGCGCCACCCGUGUCCCUGUUAGCUUUGUGAAUUUAUUUCAUUUUUAUUGUUGGGAGUAUGGCAGGUAUGAGUUAACCACCUAACAUUCCUUCUCAUAUUUUUGCCUGCUAACCAGAUUCCUUCUAUUUUCUUUUCGUAACUUCUUCUCUUUUUUUGCACUUUUUUCUGUUCUGCCUUAAUUGUUUCUUCUGUUUCUUUCCCACCAAGCGGCACUUAACUGCGUCUAGCUGUGAAAGUCACACUGGUUACCAGUCAAGGCAGCGCUGCGCCGAGGAGGCGGCUUUUAUGCUACUGACUUUGAAUCCAACAAAUGGGGAGGGGGGAGGGAACUUGGUUUGGAUGCUGCAGGAGGAAACCAUUUAGGAGGUCUUAGCACGACUCUUUCAAGGGCAAUUUCAAAGGUGAUUUGAUGUAGCGUCCCCUGCGCUGCCGCUUCAAUGUGUCUUCCUGCUGUGGUUGAGGGGACAGGGUGGGGGUGGUUUCUGCAUUAGGAAAGGAGGGCAAAGUAUUGGCUUUUGCUUGUUCUUUCACUCUUGAGUGGGUCUUUAUAUAAAGAUAUGAGAGAGGGGAUUGUGUUCAGGUGCUCUUACACAUGUUUAGUGCUGGAUCCAGGUGUGUUUUUUGGGGGGGAGGGGGGCAAAAUGCCACCAUUGGGCUCUCUUCUCUUUGCCACUGUAACUGCUGCCUAUUCAGUUGUCCUCCCUCUCUCUCUGGGCCCAAUCUGCACCGAGAGCCCAGAUGGAGGGUCAAGAUUGGCAUGUGGGGAUGGGGUUCCACCCCUAAGCUUUGUGCAAGCAAGUCAGGAUGAAAGCCCAAUAAAUAGCUCACGUGGAAGCACCCAGUGAGAUAAUUGCUUCCCCCACAAAAAAGCAGUUUAUUUUAUUUUAUUUUCCACUCUCCAUCUGAGGAUCACAGGGUGGUUUACAGUGUAAAAAUAAAUAACAUAAUAAGCAAAAAAAAUCAACCCCUCUCCCAAACACAGUGUCUUUCAUCUCCCCAGAGAUUGCUAUAUGUUUUCACAGGGAAUUAAUAUUUGGGGAAUUUGAGGGGAUCAAAAUUUUGCCCCAGCUUCAUAUAAAUAGGCGGAAUGAUGGGCUGCUAUAAUUUGACCUACCACUGCUUAUAUCUUCCCUAUUGCUCUUUGAAACUUGUUUUUCUACAGUCCUUUUCAGCUUAAUUUCAGCUUUAUUAUUGCUUCUUAAUAAAAUAUGAGUUGCUAGCUACAUUUGAACACUACAUUUAAACAUUUGAAAAGCUUCUGCAAGAGAGCUAAAUUUGCUUCGUACUAUAAAGUAUAAACUUUUAUGGUAAUAUGGAUUAGGAAGUUAUUGACAGCAUCGUAAGGUUACUGACACAAAGGCCUGGCUGCAGAGAUUCAAAGUCCAUGUGCAUUCUCGAGGCAAUUAUAUAUUAGACCUGUAUAUAUAUUUAAUCUGAGUGCACCUCACACUGAAUUUAUAUUUCACAAUGCCUUCCCAUGGCUCCAGCAACAAUAUAUAUGAUAGAAUGCUUCAUGAGGUAUGGCCAAAUAACUGAACAGAACCCUAUAAUCUCUUUGUAUAUUCUUAAUGAUACAGGACAUUCAUCUAUGUACUAUGCAAUUUUUUGUAUUGAUUUCUGGCUUUAAUAGUCAAUUUAUUACAUUCUCCAAAAGGAAUGUGAAAUUCUGAGAAGACCAGUCUUAAGCAAUUGUGUGUUUUUCUCAUCAGUCUCUUUCUAACAAGUAUACCAGCAUACCUUUGCUGAGGAAGGUGGAGUCUAGAUAAAUAUCUCUCCUUGAGGAAACCAUUGUGAGAUACGUUGGGCUUCAAAGGUGUGUUUGUGUGUAGAUGGGAAGCUGAGACAACAAGACUGUUUCUGUGCCCUACUAAAUCUGAAUUCAUACACUGUGUUCAUCAUCACACAGUAAUUUGUUUGCAGCAUCAAGUGGUGAUUUGUGUGUAUGAAAUGACCAUUACUGAUUAAAUAAGACAGACCUUUCAUAUCACUUGACAUCCCUGAAGCACAAUGAAGGCCGUUUACCUUUUCACUGCCACUCAACCAAGUGAAAAGCUUUUGAGUAAGGGUAUGUACAGGGACGUGGGUGGUGCUGUGGUCUAAACCACAGAGCCUAGGGCUUGCCAAUCAGAAGGUCGGCAGUUCGAAUCCCUGUGAUGGAGUGAGCUCCUGUUGCUCAGUCCCAGCUCCUGCUAACCUAGCAGUUCGAAAGCACAUCAAAGUACAAGCAGAUAAAUAGGUACUGCUCUGGCGGAAAGGUAAACGGCGUUUCCGUGCGCUGCUCUGGUUCACCAGAAGUGGCUUAGUCAUGCUGGCCACAUGACCCUGAAGCUGUAUCCCGGCUCCCUUGGCCUAUAGAGCGAGAUGAGCAGCGCAACCCCAGAGUCGCCCGCGACUGGACCUAAUGGUCAGGGGUCUCUUUACCUUUAAGGGAAUGUACAUGUGUAUACAAAUGAGUCCUUUAGAGUAGGUCAAAAUAUGUCUUGCUGAUUUUGAUGCUCCGUGUGUGAAAAUUGCUUCUGUUGUGUUAGUCCCCUCCUCAGAUCUAACAAAUGUAUUGUGGCCACUUCAUGAAUUAGGGAUUUAAGGAAAGAUCAUGAAGAAAUGAGGACAUUUAAGAUUGUAGAGAUGUUCAGUUUUCUCAGAUUAUUUGGAUCCAUCCCUACUUAAGCCUCAUUAAUUUGUGUGUGUAUUCUCUCUCUCUCUCUCUCUCUCUCUCUCUCUCUCUCUCACACACACACACACACACACACACACACACAGUUAUUGGACAAGUGUAUUGACAAGGCAGCUACAGCAAUAGCUUCCCUCUCCAAAAGGGUAUGGGAGAAUGUGAUGCUAAAGUCCAAUACCAUGAUGAAAGUCUACCAAGUUUGUGUGUUGAAUACAUUACUUUAUGGAAGUGAUUUGUGGGCAACUUACAAGCGUCAGGAAUGACACCUCAAUGCCUUCCACAUGCACUGCGCCGGGAAGAUUUUGAGUAUCACAUGGCAAGGCAGAGUUUCAAACAAAGAUGUGCUCCGCCAAGCCCACAUCUCCAGCAUGUUCACACUCCUGUCAUAGCAAUGUCUACGCUGGCUUGGCCAUGUUGACAGAAUGAAAGAUGGCAGGUUCCCCAAGGAUGUGCUUUACGGGGAGCUGGCUUCGGGCACCAGACCUGUUGACACACCUGCUCUGUGUUACAAAGAUGUCUGCAAAUGAGACAUGAAGGCUGUCAUGUGGGAAUCCCUUGCAGACAACCACAGUGACUGCAGAAAGACAGUCAGAUUGUGUAUCCACAGCAGUGACCACAGGAGGAAUGAUUGCUAGGAAGAGAGCAGAGAGAAGAAAUGCUGAGGUGCUUCAGCAGAAGCAUAACUGAAUGCUUUCAUCUGCCUCAGCUGCAACAAAAAAGUCUCUCCCGUAUUGGUCUCUACAUCCACAGCAGGUGCUGCAACCUUCCAGCAGUUUAUGGUAGUGCCAAAAAAAUAUUGGGGGAGGCACAAAAGGGACAGAAGGGGCAGUUUUUUUCUACAUUUUGUUGGCGCAGGGGGAAGCUGCAUUCCACUCUUUAUAAAAGAGAAAUAUUUUGCAUGAAUGCUCCCAUCUGAAAUAUAUUUUCUCUGAACUCAGCCCUAUUCAUUUUGAGGAUGGAGUUUAAAAGUUUUUGUUUUAACUCCAGUUCUGUUACUGACAGAAGUGAGUCUAUGGGGAAUUCUCUCUCCUGACCACCUCCUUUCUGUGCUGCAUAUAUCCAUAGAUUUCACAGACAUGGUCAUCUUCACAGCACAUGACAGGCUUAUCCCAGAGCAUAUCCCCAUAAUGAAAUAUAUCCAUCUGCUCUUGUCACAUGUGGGGAUCUUAAGGUUUUAAAUUUACACCAUUUCUUUUCAAAAUUUUAUUUUUAAAAUUAUAGAUUUAUUAAAGAAAGAAAACACACACACACACAACAAAAAGAAGGGGAAAAAACAGAAGAACCCCCAGAACAAAAACGUCAGUUCAUAUUCACAAUAUAAUAAAAAUUGAAAUGUUAUUGAAAUUUACACUAAAUGUCCAUUUAGAAAAGCAUAUGCCAAGAUACUGAGAAGCACUUUUACGUCAGGUUUGUGGCGUCUGCUUUUAAAACAGCAGCCUCAACCACCCAAGUAUGCAUUCCUUUCACCAUUGUGGGUGAAGGUUUUAGCUGUAUAACUGCAUGGUAUUUUGAAAAUAUUGUUGAAUAGUCAUUUCAUACUCACAAAUCAUCACUUGAUGUGUGGAUGUACUUGGCUGGUGAAGUUGUUGGGUUUGUUUUUUGCAGUUCUUAUCUUUUGUACAAGGCCUCUGAAGGCCUAAAAAUAGUUAAACUUACCUUAAUAUGAAAGGAAUCAAGUUGCUGGGUAGAUGCUGAGGUCGGAAUGGCUGAAGCUAUUUUUGCUCUACAGUUUUUUCUAAUAUUGUGGCUGUACGUAUUCCGGCCGCACUUCUCGCUCCCUGCGUGAGAAGCGAGAAGGCACUGUACAGUGAUAUAACCCAGUCUUCAUUUAAUGGGUCAGCAGCAGGUGAGUGAAUAUAAUGUAGGGAGGGAAUAUCUGCUUAUACCAGAGGUUGGUCAGCCCAAGAGCCACAUUCCUCCAUAGGCAGCCUAUGUCUGCUGUGUCCAGUGCUGAACAGGGCCAGAGGCAAAAGCAGAUCUGGGCCCAGGUGUGUGAGCUGAGUUUUGAUGGCCAGCCAGUGAGGCCUGGGGGGAUGCAUAAGGCCCUUGGGUCUGAGGUUCCCUAACCUUGACUUGUAACUAUUUACCCAUCUGCUGCCUUAGUAUAUGGUGGGUGUCACCCCUGACCACCACCUCCUGCCUGCCACCAAACUGCUGCUGUCUUGCCUCUUUCAGGCCUUUUAAAGUGCUCCAGGUUAGUGGCCAUCACUACCUUUUUGUGGGUGUGAAUUCCAUAAUUCAACCACAUGCUAUGUGAAUAAGUAUUUACUUUUGCCUGUUCUGAGCUUCCCAACAUCCAGCUUCAUUGGAUAUCCCAUCUAGCAUUAUAUGUGUGUGUGUGGGGGGGGGGAACCUCUCACUACCUACGUUCUCCAUACUAUGCAUAAUUUUAUAACCUCUUUCAUGUCACCUCCAAUUCACAUUUUCUGUAAAGCAAAAAGCCACAAAUGUUGUAAAUGUUCCUCACAGGAGAGUUGCUAAAACUCCUUGAUUGUUUUUCUUGCCCUUUUCUGAGUUUUUCCCCAGUUCUGCAAUGUCCAUUACAAGGUGAGGCAACGCCAUAGAUUUGUAUACAGUGGUACCUCAGGUUACAGACACUUCAGGUUACAGAUGCUUCAGGUUACAGAUGCUUCAAGUUACAGACUCCGCUAACCCAGAAAUAGUACCUCAGGUUAAGAACUUUGCUUCAGGAUGAGAACAGAAAUUGCGUGGUGGCGGCAGCGGGGCAGCAGCUGGAGGCCCCAUUAGCUAAAGUGGUACUUCAGGUUAAGAACGGACCUCCGGAACGAAUUAAGUUCUUAACCCGAGGUACCACUGUAAUGGCAUAUGAUAUGGACAAGCACAGGAUUCUCACAGUUGCUGCACACUAGGUCAACAUCUUCACCGAGCUCUUUUAUGACUUGAAGGUUUCAUUCCUGGCCAGUCAUUGCCAGUUCAGACCCUGUGAACAUAUGUGUGAAAUUGAUUCCCCGCCCCUCAUGCAUAAUUUUACACUUGCUUAAAUUGAAUUGUAUUUGCCAUUUUACUCCCUUCACCCAGUUUGAAAAGAUUCUUUUCCUUGCAGUCCCUUUCUGUUUUAACCACCCUGAACAAUUUGGUAUCAUCAGCAAACUGCUACCUCACUGCUCACCCUUAAUGCAUAAAGCCUUAAUGACUCUCUAGGUCAUUAAUGAACAAGGCCUUAAUACUGAUUCUUGAUGGCUUCCACUUUCUACAGUCCUCUUUCGGGAGAGCUGUCCAUUCAUUCCAACUUUCUGCUUCAUGUUUCUUAACCAUUUCCUUUAUGUGUUUUGAUUCUUGAAUCUGAUAUAGUAUGACUACUUUUGUUAUGUUGUAAGCUGUCUUGAGCACUGUUUGAACUACAGAAAGGUGGCAUACAAAUAAAAUUUAUGUAUGUAUGUAUGUAUAGUAGUAAGUUGGAGGAUAAGAAAAUGGAAUUUAUGGAAAAUGCUGUACUUGACUUUUUCAGAAGGUAUGGAUGCUGAGCAUAAGUAAUUGUGCCCCUUGAGAGGAUCACUGUCUGGGCAGGGAAGAUGGACAAUAACUGUUAAUAUGGAGAUGGAAAACUCUGAGCUAAUUCAAUUAAGUGAUUGAAUUUGGUAAUUGAUUUUCCUGAGAUUUCACGACCUGCAUGUAGAUGAUAGGAAACUCGUCCUUUGCAAUGGCAAAAAACAUGAUUUCCAUGUCCUAGUAAUGUGAGGAGAAUGCCAUUUCUGUCAGCUUGCAGUGCCCAUAAUUCUCUUCCACUUUCUAGAUGGGAUAAAAAAAAAAUGUCCUCUUAAAUCAUUUGAACUGUUAUUGUGUGAUUGCAUAAUGCGUUUAUAGCAUGGUGCGUGCAGUAUCUUGUGUGUGUACUUACAUGACAAUGUAGUCUGCAUCAGCUUACCCUUGUACAGCUCUUACUGCAAAAGUCACAUUUUCUAUCUUUCAUAUAGAGGUCCCACUUGCUGUUCAGAGACCAACGUGAUGAUCUCUAGCACAGAGAAGAACAGAUAUGAGUGUUUGCGUAUGUUUGAAUAAGCAAUAGUUCAAUAAGAGGAAAACCAACUACCGUAUUCCUUAACUUUACAAGAUUGUUCAUGAGAGCAAUGGUUUCAUUUAACAUACAGCUUAGGUUGCCUUUGUGCCCUGAAACCUCUUGCAUUGAUUUGAGCUCUUUCAUUUAAUAUGAAAAGCUGAGACACUUCGGAUGAGAGGCUCUUUUAGAACCAAGGGCUGGAUCUACUCCCACGUUCUCCCUUCUUCACCAACUGUUUACUGGAGGGAUUAUGCUACGUUAUGUUAUUUAAUCAUAUUUUAAAACUGUUUUUUUUUGGGGGGGGCAAGAUCACCCAAAGUGGUUUACAACCUUUAAACCCCACCCCCACACACCAUGGAUGAACAAUAAAUUAAAGUAUUAACAAACAAGCCUGUAAAAAUCAAGGCUGCAUUAUCCAGACCAGAGGUGGGAACCUUUUUGGCCCAGGAGGGCCUGAUUUUUAUUUCCCCCCAUGAAUUUGUCUAGCUUCUAGACAAGAAUCUCGUAAGUGAAGUAAGUUUGCUACCAUGAUUUGGAACAUUAUUAUAGACCAGAGGUGGGACAUUUUGUACCCACCAGAUGUUAUUGGACCCCAACUCCCAUUAGCCCCCCAUCAGUGAUGAUGGGAGCUAUAUUGUCUGGCAAACAUCUGAAAGGCCAAUUUCCCCCCAGCCAUCCUGUCAAAACAGUACCUCAAGGAAUAACUAAUCUAUUAUGGCAUACAUUUUUGUGGAUUUAAUCAAAUAUAUGGACACUGAGAGGAUUUUGUCCUGUUCUAAGGAAGCCAAGGAGCUUUUCAGCCUGGUUUUAAACUGGAAUAUUCUUAUGUCUCAAGCAGUAUAUACAUUUGAGUUUCUCAACACCUCUGCUCAGAUUGACCCAGUGUUGAUUCACAGGCCCUGCACAUAUGUUUAUACUUUAAAAACAUCCAGUUACACGUACUGUGGGGUUCCAUCUGCCCCCAAGUCUAUGAAAUGAAGUUCAGCUCACUUAUGAACUAUAAUGUCACUAGGGUGGCAAAGGCAUUUGUUUAUUAAGCUAUGGAAUAAAUUUACACCCAGGGACGGAACUGUGUGUUGGAUGCUUACACGGAGACUGUGUGGGGAAAUGGGCCAUGGGGAGAAUUGUCCACCUCUGUACAAUGCUCGUGGGGGCUUUGACAGCAGCUCAACUGGCUCACACCUACUUUGCACAAACUCUGCUCUCCUUUGCUAACAUUGUGAAUCUCUUUAGGUUCUAGUCUUCUAGAAUUGAAACAGCUGUGCAUGUGUGUGUGUGUUUCUCCUCCUCUGAAUGUUACUAAGUGUGUUUGAUGCUGCCGCCAGCCCCCUCAAGAGAUGAAUAAGUUAAGAAUGGCUGCUGUGGCAUGAAGGCAGGUUUCAAAGUUCAUAUCUUUCCCCUAGACUUUCAGGAAGACACGUGUUCACAUGCUGUUGGUUUUUGUGUGUGUUUGUGUUUUAAGAACUUGGCUGAGAAGAAACUUUCCCAGCUUGCUUUUGGCUAGACAGUUGUUCUAAAUUCCAGUCCCCUUUUUCUUGUUCUAUGAAAGCUUCCUAUUGCUUUGGUUCUUAGUGUGUUGUAGAUGUAGAAGUAUGUCUACAAGAGUGGGAGGAAACUGUGCCCUGCAUCUCUUCAGAAUCUCGCUUCUUCUUACAUGUCUUGGAGUUUGCAUUCAGCCUACUGGCUCUUAAUCCUUGGUGAUCACAAUAUCAGCAACAAAAAGGAGCACCUCUUAUUGCAGAGGUAGGGACUUCUGUGCCCCUCCCCUGCGUUGUUGGAUUUCAGCAAGGGUGGAGCAGUGAUAGAGCAUCCACUUUGUGUGUAGAAGGUCUCAGUUCAACGCCCAGCAUUUUUAGGUGGGUCUCCGACAAUGCUGAGCUUGAUGGGUCCUAAUGGUCUGCCAAGGUAUGGCAACUUCCUCUGUUCCAGACUCAUCAGCUGUAGCCAGUGUGGCUGAAUCUGGACAGCCACAGCUUUCCCAUCCCUGCUUUAUGGCAUAAGCUUUUGCUGCACUUGGUCUUGAAAACUUAGUAGAGGAAACGUUGCACUCAGGAAACCUUGCAGGCAGGAGGCACAGCUGUCAGAUCAGAGUGGAGGGGGCUGUAAACACUUAGCGUAACCACACCGAAUGCCACAAACAGCCAAGGGAACUCUUUGCACUGAUGUCAGAAGCUGAGCUCCAUUUUACCCCGAGCGCACAGGUUUCCUUUCCUUUAUGGUGACUUCCAAUCUCGUGCUUCAACAAAACUAUUUUGUUACAAUGAAACUUCAGCAGGCUAAUCUGUUGGGAAAUAGACUGCUGUUGUUGUUGUUUUUAACCUGUCUCUUAUGGGGGCUACCCUUCCUACUAGGGCUGAAAGAGUUCCGUAUUUUGUUAAGACAUGCAAAUUUUCAUUCAGUAGUUUUCUCUGAAAAGGACGCUCACGCCUCAUGGCACUGUUUUAAACCACAAUUGGACAAUUGCAAAGAAAUUGACAGUUUUUUUCCAUCUAGCUUGGUUCUGUCUACACCUACUGACACUGGCUCGCUGGCACUUCAGACAGCAGCUUUCCUCAGCUGUAGCUAGAGACUGAACCCACUACCAUGUGCUUCAUGACUGAACUACAGCCUCUCCACACAUGGACUGGAGCCAGCAUGAGUAGGGCAGUUUCCCCUAGAAUGGAAAUUUAUGGCUGCAUUUGAUUGAAACAUAAAAUCAAACCGUGUCACGACAAACCACUGAAACAAUGUGCCAAGAGGCUUACUUUUACCAAGAUACACUUUUUGGGAUUUUUUGGGUCACUUCCAGGUUUGGUGCGAUGCAUGUGUGCGUGGUUGCACACAUAUGGGACUCGCCGAAAACAGUCAUUAACAUGGAUAGGUAACGUUUACAAACAAGAACAAGAGCAUCAAGUGAUACUGAGGAUAAUCCUAAAUGUAUUUCUUAUCAAUAAAAAAUUAAGUGUGGCGAGAGCACAUUUUUAUUCUGAAAGCGUGGCCCAGAGAAAAAAGUUUGAGAACCACUGCUAUACCCAUUAACCUGGGAGCUCCAUUUGAUCUUAAGAGUAGACAUGCAUUGGAUUGCAAUUUUCAUUGCUUGUAUUAAUGUACGAACCAGAGAGCUGCCCAAUACUCCUGAAGAACAAUCACAUGUGCCAUAAACAUGAAGGUGCACAUGUAUGAGAGAGACUGUCCUCUUUAAAUGUUGCUGUAACUUGACUUUGUUCCAUGUGAUGCAUACUUGUGUUUAUUCUGAUCAGCCUUUAACUGGUCUUUAUUGAGAUUGUGCUUUAAUCCCAUUGAAAUCUAUACUCAAUUUCAUGCAAUUGUUUUAAGUUCAAUUAAUUUCAUUUUCCUGAGGAGUAGCCAGAUGAGGCCGUUGCAGCAAACUGCCAACAAAGAGUUUUGCAGCACCUUAAGAGACUAAUACAUUCAUUAUGGCAGCAGCUUUUGUACAGUUCACUUCAUCAGAUGUAUUAAGCAUUAUCCUGAGGUGCAGGUGUCUAUACACAUGGUAGUGGAGAGGGAAUUGUAAACAGCCAGAUCAAAAGGCAAUGAAAGGGCAUAAAAGUAUACAAAUGGCUAUUUGGCCAUUCACAAAAAAGAUGUUGGUGAUGAGAAAACCCUGGCAUUGGUAAGCCAAUUAAUGACACAUAGUGUGAUUAAAAAACCCUGCCCUGAUUCAGUCCACAAGUAAUAGCACUGAGGCUCUUGAUGAAUUGUAAUUCAGUGGUUUCACAUUUCAGUCUCCCUUGGAAGCUCCUUUGUUCUAGAAUGACUAGUUAAGGGUUAGAGCCAGAGUGUGGCCGUUGCUGUUUGAUCAUUGUCAUUUGAGACUGGAAUUCACAAAAGCUUGUGCCAUAAUAAAAUUUUAAGGUGCCACAAUACUCUUUUGAAUAUUUUCACUGGGACUUUAGUGUGACUUUAUUUGGAUCUGAGUCCCCGAGUACUGAAUUUUCCUCUAAUCCCCAGCUCUGAUUUUCUCUGCUGCUUCAAAGACAGCACCAUAAUCUUUCCUCUAGAGUUGGCAAAUGUGAAUAUGGAUAUACAGUAUACUUGCUUCCUUUUUUGCAGUGUUUCUCUAGAAACCAUUGAACAGGUUGGAUGAGUCUUUAGAUAGGGAUGGGGAUAUGCGUCUCAGUCUAGGCAACUGUUACUCUAAACAGCACAUCUGGGGGUAACCAGCAGACAGAUAAGGGGAUGUUUUUUAGCAACAAAACCAGCAUGGUCUCGCAAUCUAGGGAGCUUGCUGAGCCAGAAUUGGGGCUUGAUGGGUGUUUUUUCACUCCAAAAUAAAGUGGAGAAAAAUUUGUUAAAAUAUAUGACUGACACAAUGUGGAGUUUGGUCCUUUAGCUGCAGGAAAGUGGGACGGGGCAGCCCUUAGUGUUUGUGUCACCCAUUAAUUGUUUACUUUGACAGCACAUUGGUACCGAUUCAUGCAAAUGUUACUGUCUUGUGAACUGUUCAAUCACAUCUCUAAUGAAACCCGGAGGUGGUCAUUCUAAGAAACCUAUCAACCUCUUUGUCUGUUAAUUUGCCCAAUUAGCAUUUGUAUUAUUGAUCUCUAGUCACUAAAGGUAAAGGUACCCCUGACCAUUAGGUCCAGUCGCAGACAACUCUGGGUUUGUGGUGCUCAUCUCGCUCUGUAGGCCGAGAGAGCCGGUGUUUGUCCGCAGACAGCUUCAGGGUCAUGACUAAGCCGCUUCUGGCAAACCAGAGCAGCACACGGAAAUACUGUUUACCUUCCCGCUGGAGCGGUACCUAUUUGAAGCCACGAAGAGCCACUGCCAGUCAAUGUCGACAAUACUGAGUGAGGGGAACCAGUAGUUUGACUCUGGACUCAGUACAGGGCAACUUUCUCAAUAAUCAACACAUGGGCUUGUUUUUUAAUGCAGAUGCCAGUGCACUAGGCCUGACAGAUCCAAGACUCUGCUACAUUCUGGAUGGGAUCCUCUUGAUUUAUGCUAUAAUCAUCACAGCCUGUUUCGUAAAACUAAAGGUGAGUCCUCACCCUCUUUAAAAUGGGAAGACACUUGAUCUUUAACAUACAAAGAAUGACCUGUGAAACUUUAUUUUUAUUUGUAAACUCUGUGUCUUCAAUUUCCUGCACCAAUUCCACCCACUUUUUCCAACAUGAGAAUAAGGAUGAGCACUGAUGAGCUGUUGGGCACUUGGAUUCAUUCGAGAAACCGGUUAUCCAUGGUGUUUGGAAACUUCAGCAUUUCAACAGAGCAUUUCAUUGGUAUGCUGGACAAUGCUUUGAAUGGUUAUACAGUCAUGUAUAACCUCAGGAAUUCAAAGAUGCCUUGUGCUAAGGAACUUCUCACCACUCAGAAGUAGGUUUCUUUAAACUUGCUGGAUCCUCCCAAGCCCUUUCUGGGAUCGCUAGAUGGAACAAGGAAGUCGUGCAAGGAUGGUAAACCGGUGUCCUCUAAGAGUUGCUGGACUACAAUUCCCAUCACUCCUGACCACUGGCCAUGCUGACUGGGCGCCCGGGGUGAUGACAGUUGAAAUCCAGCCACAUCUGGAGGACCACAGGUUCCCCAUUCCUGAAGGAGGGUUUCCUGAGAAGUCACUGGAGAUGCCUGGCACUUUGCGGUCUCUUCAUUGAUUCCUUAGGACCAGGUGGGAAAUCUCUGGCCUGCAAGCUAAACUUCACCUGCCAGUCUUCUCCAUUUGGCUCAAGAGACUUUUCUCUCUCUCUGAAACCAUAUACACCUGCCCUAGCCCUGAUGUCAGGUUUGGGGGUAGGUAGGAAUGAGGUUGCAGAAAGCAGGACUGAAUAUCCUGUGUAUCUGCUGAUGUGCAGAGUUCAGUCCUGUGUGGGUGUGGCUUGGCCGAAAUGGCCUUGCGGGACGAAUGGAGAAGUGUGGCUGACCUAAUGAGGCAGAUGGGCUGGAAGUUCUCCCUGCUGACCUAUAAGCAGGAAGCAACAAUAUGACAGAAAACUUGGUCCCUUUUCUCACUGGCAUUAAAUACAGAAGAAGAAAGCUUUAAAUGAAGAAGUGAAAAUAGUCAGUGGCCAAAAUUGGCAAGAAGGGGCCAUGAUGCUUGCCUCCAGCAGAAAACAGCGAUCUUAACAUUGGAAACCUUUCAUGAGCUAGCCUGAGGGUAAAGAAAUUGGUUUACAUUCCCACUGCCUGAUACACAUUGUUUAUAACUACUGGAGUCAAAACUUCUGCCCAUUGCCGAGUCAAGGUGGUGAUCAUUAGAGAGGGCAUGAUAAAGUACCCUAGUGAAAGGGUUUCUCUGUUUUACCGCUGAGAUUCUGAUCGAGGAGUAAGUCAAUUGACAACCAGCUGCUUGCUUCCAGCCCCAGAUAUUGGCCAAGUGAAAAGCAAAAACCAUCCCUUCAAACCUAAUGAAAGACAUUUUAAAUGGUGGCAGCAGCUGUUUGUGGUCCUCAGGUGACUCCUUUGCAAGCUGAGUUAUCAAUGUAAAGACUGAAUCUUUUGCCUUUUCCCACUCUGUAUUCAUAUUCACACACAGGUAAGCAGUGUAUACAGAGACAAGAAGUACAAAGAGAGAGAAGGGAAGAUGCAGUCCUGUUGCCAACCUUCAAUGCAACUUUCCCUCUUGUGUACACUGUAGUGGGGGUGUUUCUGGUUUUAUCUAUUUCCAUGUGUACCCAUUCCUUUCAUUCCGUCUUCUAUGGGAUUAUGUGGUGCACUUCGUAGGUGAUAUAGUAUAGUUCUGUGUUGGGAAUUCCCCAUCAUUCUGAGGAUGGGAGGUGCAGGAAUGUGGAGUUUAUUCAUGUUUUUUGUGAGAGAAGUUAAAUGAGUGUAGUUUUUUCUGCCACUUAUGCCCCCCGCAUAAUGUCUAUGACAAAGGUGCCUCAUACCAAAUGUAAACGAACUGUGAAAAAGACUCUAUGAACUGAAAGUGGAGAUGCUAUAUGUAUUUUUUUUGUUACACAAGAAAACUAAUUAAACUAAUAACUAAUUAAAAACAAAACAAAACAAAACACUUUCCCUCUUGGAAAUCUGAGAUUUCAUACCUGCCAUUAAAAGGUGCCCGAUGAAUAGUACUUACUUUGGAACCGUUUUUCCAUUUACCAACAAAUGGGUAAAUCUCUACCAUUGCCACUAGGAGGUUGUUUAGCUCCAAAUAAAGUUAGGAUAAGAUUGCAAGAACAUUGCAGAGAAACUUUUGAAUACUCUAUUAAUAUCCUAAAACAUGUUUGAUCUUCUUAAAGGCUUGGUGCUCUGGAUAUCACAAUGUAUGCAUAGUUCCUGACAGUUUAGGAAAAGACUACCAAAGAUCUAGAAAUUUUAUGAUGAAUCUACAUUUUUACGUGCAUUUUUAAUAUGCAGUUUUCAUACACUUACGUAAUUGCCAUUAUUUGAAUUUGGGAACAAGAGAAUAUUAGAAUCUCCAUGAAAUAUGUGGGUUGUGGGUUUAUAAAGCACCAUUUAUAAAUCACUAGCAGAAAUUAUCCUGUUAAAGUCGCAUUCAGAGAUAGAAAUGGGCUUUGUUUUCCAGAUAAGCAAAGGCUCUCCUGAACCUCAAACUUCUCAGAAUUCAGAGGACCUAUAUAAUGUAAGUACUAAACGUACGUCUUGUCUUGAAAUUGAAUGAUUUUUAUUUCACAAAUAAAAUAAAAUAAUUAUAAAAGGACAAUUAAAUGAGACCAGGUUUCAUGGAUCUGCCCUCAAGAUUCAACUAGGACUCCUCCAGAGUCUGGGCAAAUGCUAAGCGGAUUUUUAAAAUUCAUUACCCCUUUUGUUCAGAGUCCUCUCAAGUUCCCCCAGCUUAGCAAGGGGGGAGAGUUAAUGGCAGUGAGAUCUUCUGGCAAUAGAGGUAUCAGUAGUGGGUCUCAGGAGUUAGGUUUAAAUCAGAAGUGGAGAAUCUUUUCUGUCUGGUGGACCAGAUCUUAAUCUGUUCUCCUGGUGGACCAAAUUAAACAGGUGGUCUUAGGGAUGUCAGAUGCUGCUGCACUUUGAAGCCCCAAUAGUUGGGACUUCAAAGCAUAGUGUGGUGGCAGCCCCUCCACAAUGAGCAGCAUGCAGACCCAGUUUUAUAUCAAAUAAAAUUACAGCAUCCAGUAGAUCGCCUCCCAAUUAACUAGAUUUAAACUAUAUUCCAUUUGGAAUAUACUCUUGUAUUUCAGUGUGUAGUCUCCAUACUAAUUAAAAUAGUGGUUUUGCUUUGCUGCUUCCCUACUUUAAGAAUUUGAAAGAAACAUACAUUCUAAGGAGUUUCUGGAUAGGGCAGCACUCUCAAGAGUAUUCUUCUAUUUUUAAUCACUAGAUUAAAGUCUAGAGUAAGGCAACUUUUGGCUUACCUAUUUGAUAUGAAAGAUAUGACAGUGCUCUGUUCUGAUAAUAUGUACAGAAAUACUCAAGAGUGUUUCCAUUGCCCCACCCAUUCUUUACCUUUUGCAUGUUACUUCUGCACAUUCCUCCAUUAUGUCAAUAGCCCAAAACUGGAAUGUAGCAAGUAUCUGAUAGGUGCUCACCACAGGCAAUCAUCUCCCAACCAACCAGGUGUAUGCCCAUUGCUGAGAGGGGAUUGUGCCAGGCAAUCAGCUGGCAAUCAUGUUGGAGGCCCUGUGGGUGAGUGGUUCCUAGGUCCAGGAAACUGGUCCAUCAGCUGUUCUGGGCAGCUGUGUAACUGGAGCAUUGCCACUGGAAACUCAGAUGUAUUCCAUGUCCAAGAGUGCUUUUUGCCAGCUUGGGCUGGUAUGGCAGUUGCAACCAUUCUUGGACAGGGGUGGAUUGGAGAAAGUGGCCCACGCAUUGGUAACCUCUAGGCUUGAUUACUGGAACACACUUUACAUGGGGCUGCCCUUGAAUUUGGUCCAGAAACUGCAGCUAUUGUUGGUCUGUGAGGCAACCUGUCAACAUAUGACACCUCUGUUGAAAGCAUUGCAUGAGUUUCCAGUUUGCUCCUGGGCCAUAUUACAGUUCUGGACCAUGAUAUCUGAUAAGCCUGUCACUUAGAUCUGUGGAUGAAGAUUUCUUGACAGUGCCACAGGCUCGUGCAGUAAAGGCUGACAUGACUUGAACAUGCUGGGUUUUUUUUAGCAUUGUAGUAGCAGUUCUCUGGAAUUCUUUCCCUCCAGAAUGCUAUUGCCAAUAUUGUUUGGUUUAAACACUGCCUAUUUGUGGAACUUACACUUUUACAUGCAGUUUUUGUUUUAAAUACACUACGAUUUACCGUAUUUUUCGCUCUAUAAGACGCACCAGACCACAAGACGCACCUAGUUUUUGGAGGAGGAAAACAAGAAAAAAAAUAUUCUGAAUUUCAGAAGCCAGAACAGCAAGAAGGAUCGCUGCGCAGUGAAAGCAGCAAUCCUUCUUGCUGUUCUGGCUUCUGUGAUAGCUGUGCAGCCUGCAUUCGCUCCAUAAGACGCACACACAUUUCCCCUUACUUUUUAGGAGGGAAAAAGUGAGUCUUAUGGAGCAAAAAAUACGGUAUUUAUUUUUUGAGAUUGUGUAAACCACUUUGGAUAUUGUGUAAACCUAUAAACACUGGAAAUAUAUAAAAUGGUUGCUUUCGGUGUUGAUUUACACCCAUGGAAGGAAAUCUGUGUGUUGGAUGUUUGCAGGAGACUGCAUGGCUCUGUCGGUAGAACAUGAGACUCUUAAGCACAGGGUUGUGGGUUCGAGCCCCACGCUCGGCAAAACAUUCCCACAUUGCAGGGGGCUGGACUAGAUGACGCUUGUGGUCCCUUCCAACUCUACAGUUCUAUGAUUCAAUGAAAAAAACUCUUCUCGAAUCACCCCUUUUAUUUCUGCAGCGUUUAAUUCUAGCUGGCUUCACAUUUUGAAUAUUGUUUAAAAAUUCAUAUUAUAUUUCAUAAUAACAUAGGUUGUUCCAGUGGAAGCCAGUGCAACAAAUUCCUUUAGUGCAAUGGAACUUCUCCCCCUACACCCUACAUAAAUCUGCUUGGGAGGGUCAAGAGGAGGAGAGGGAGAUCAUUCUAUCGGGAAAGCAGAAAUGCUUGUACUGACAAAAUGAUGCCCUUAGCCUGACAUAGUAUCCCACCCACAGUCUAUUUUUGUACACCACUCAGGUAUUCUUUUUCUGUACAGCAGUUUCUAAAUUCUUAAAUCAGUCAAUAAGCAAGGGAAGCCUUGUGUAGUUAUGGGGAAAUGGCUACACAUAUAGUGGUCCUAUUCUGGCCUAAAGUCUAGAGACAGGUGGUUUGUGGGCUUUGAAGGAGGAGAGAGCGCGACCUACAUGAGUUCUCCACAGCAGUGUCCUAUGUGAAAGCAGGGUUAACCUUGUUUUCCUGUUUAGAAUCAAGAGAUUCUGGUUGGCUCCUGCUAGAAGAGAGACUGAACUUGCACGUGCAGCUUACACCAUGUUGCUGCCAUGAAGACUCUAUGUGUGGCCAGCUCGGUUUCCUGUUUAGUAUAAGAGCCAGCGGCUCUAAUGCUAGAAGGAAGGUGAAGAGAGAGGCCUGUUGUACAAGGGCUGUGCAUGGGACUGUGACUAUGGCUAUUCUCUCCUGCAACGAGAGGCAGCCCUGCAGUAGUAGAGAGAAGGAUAAUUGGCAGAAAACUUUGGGAUGGCCCUUGUGAAUGGAAGGGUUUAUAUGAGAGGUUACUGGGAAGCCUGCACUGGCAUCCCAUGAAAGGUGGAUGGUGGGAGAUUCAGGAAGCAACUACUUCUCAGCAUAACACAAGAGUUGAAUUAUGGGAUUUGCAGCCCCAAGAUGUACAUGGUCACCAAUUUAUGAGUUUUCAAAGGUGUCUAGACAAAUUCCUGGAGAUCAUCAACAGCUACUAGUUACAAUGGCUGUAUUACCUCUGGCAUUGGGGGCAGUAUGUCUCUGAAUACCUGGUAUGACCCAGGUAUGGUCCAGAAGAGUGUUGCGCUCAGCAUAGGCCACGGAGAGAAAAUAAUGCUGGAUUAGAUGGGCUUUCAGUUUCUUAAUUAAUCCCUUGACUGCGGAAGGAUUGGGGAAAGUGUUAGCAACUUGCGUCUAGGACCAGGAUUUUAUGGGAUGGUUUUAACAUAACAGAAUGUGAUUUAUUGAGCUCAUGUUUGUUUUUGAGUCUAUUUUGAAGACACAGUACUGGUCAGCCCGUUAGGAGCUCGGGACUGCAACUUACCAAUGAGCUGUCAUUCUUGUAAAUGUCCCUAUCUAUAUAUUUCAUUUCAGAGAUUGUCUCAUGGAACCAGAGAUGAAUAUGCAUCGCUGGGAGCGAAACAGACAGAUGCUGACAUUGAAGUAGGGGGGAAAGCCCAGGUACCUUCAUUCAUCUCAUCCUGGUCCUUUUAUUAAAUUCAGGCCACUCUUUUCUGUGCAGAGAAAAUGUCAGCCCAGCUCAGGCAGCCACUGGGACAUGGCAUCCCUGACCUCUCCUAAAACAGCAAAGAAUCUAAUGGCACUUUGAAGACUAAUAGAUUUAUUAUUAAGGAUGGAAUAAUGUUUGUGGAUUACAGUCCACUUCCUUAAGUGCAUGAAGUGCUACUCUGAGUUACAGGGGUGGGUGGGUGGGUGGGUGCACACGUAUGUGGUUUGGUUAAGCCACUAAAUUGCAAUGUUUCAGCCCCAUAGCCUGUGGGCUGAAUAGAGACAAAGGAUCGUUCACACAUUAUAUAUGUCAGGAUGUCGGUGCUAUCAACAGCUGUUGAUAGCCCCCUUCCCACUGCCAUGUGUACAUAUACCAGCAACUCAGUAUAAUGCUUCAUGCAUCGUCAAAUGCAGCUAGAAAUUUUGUGACUAAUCCCAGACUAGCAUCUCUGUAAGAAUCUCUGCAAUGGCUUGCGCAUCCCCAAAUAUUUUUUUGAUAUUGUCCGCAAGAACGGUUCCAAGAACUGCUUGUUUAUUCUUCCCCUUUUCAGCACAGAAGAAAACAAGCUCAGGACAGAGUUUACAGUGUAAGUAAAACCAAGAACUGACCAUUUCAGAAAAGCAUUUUGGUUUCUUGCCAUAUUGUCUAGAAUUUCUCUAAAUUGCUUUUCAGUUUUCUAAAAUGACCAGCCACCUUCACAUAAAACCCACCUAAAGACAUCUGAAACAACACUGGGAAGUAAAUUGUGCUACCAUGUAGGCAUCACCCUCAUUAAUUUAUCUCGUUUUGCACACAAAUGAUGAUUUGCCAGUGUAUUUGUUUGAUUGUUUGUGAGCGCAUGGGUGCCAAAUACCUCUCCCAGAAGGUGUUUCAAGACCCAGCUUGUUUUCAUGCUGUUAAUGAACCCCAUAAGCAGUCUGCUUUGGUUUACAAAAACUGAUAUUCCUGUUGCAUUUUAGCCUCACUCUGCUAGAGUCCACUUUUUCUUUCUUUUUAAAGAAUGUUUUCUGCACCUGCAUGCAAACUUUUUUUAUAUGUGUUCAUGUCUGUUCCUAUGCCAUUUCAGCAGCACGCUACUUUUGUGAUCUGUUUUCCUCUGCUGCAGCAAACAGCUGCCAUGAAAUAGCUUAUUUCCUCUCCUUGUGAGGUGUGUAAAUGAACCUCUCUCUCUGCCUACUCCCAGCCAGGUUUAUCAUCUGUAUUCCUACUCCUUGUUUCUAUUUAGCUGCUGCAUCCCUCCCUUAGUGUAACUUGAGGGAGGGAAGAAAAACUAUUGCUGGAAUUGCUGCUUCUCAGGCAUUGAGGUGCUACUACGGUAACAGCAAUUGGUUCCAAAGUCACAAGCACUGAACUUUAGGAAAGCAAAGCAUAAGGCUCCAUGUAAUCACUUUUCAAAAGAAUUGUAUGCCAUUAAUGACAGGUAGAAUGUGCAAUUGAACAGACUGUAUGGCAGGCAUGGGAAACCAUUGGCUCUUCAUAUCAUGUUGGACUCCAAGUCCCAUUAGCCCCAGCAAACAUGGCCAAUGGUCAGGGAUGUUGGGAGCAGAAGUUCAGCAACAUCUGGAGGGCCAGAGUUUCCCCCAACCUGCUCUGUGGGGUUGUAUUCCCCAGCACCUGCCCCAGUUGUGGUAGUGCAAAUUUGUUGUACAGGAGGAAGUACUGUUGACUACAGCAAUCUGCUGUGUGACCUGCCACAAGGCUUCCUGCCCUUUCCUUGUGCAACUAGUAGCCCACCAAGGGAUGCUCAAUUAGUGCAACAUUGAAAUCCUCCCAUGUCUGUGGUAUGGGAGUAGCAGGGACCUAUUUGACAUGGGGGGAAAUUACCAAAUAAAGAGAGUAUAAAGCAAGAGUGCUGACCUGCAGGGUCUCCCCAACUGGCCUGCAGCAUCCCCCCUUCUGCAAGUAGACUUGAAAGGAGUUUUUUACUGUACUCAACAAGUGGUUUCUUUCAAGUCUAACUGCAAUGUGAAGGAAGAAACAUUGCCUUAGUCUGGACCACCAAUCACAUCUCCUCUCCCAUGAAUGAACACAGGGUAAGUAUUGUUUUGUUAUAUCUAUAUAGCAAGGAUAGGGAACCUGUAGGUGGCUCUCUAGAUGAUGCUAGACUACAAUGUUUAUCGUCCCUGACCACUGGACAUUGCUUGCUGGGGUUCAUGUGAGCUGGAAGAACAUCUGGAGGGAGAGUCCAUGGUUUCUUAUCUCUGACAAAGAGGAGUGGUAUGACAGAAAACAGUACUUUAAUUUUAUUUGUGCUGACACUAUUUUCUGAUCUUCCAUGGCCAGGCUCUACAGCGGGAUAAGAUGGCUGAAGCAUACAGCGAAAUUGGAAAGAAAGGAGAGGUAAGUGACACUUCUUGCCAAUUUGGCUCUACACAUAAGGUGCCAAGGUGGCUUCAGGCACUACUCUGCCUGCUUUUUUUCCUACCCUUUAUUUAAAGCAGUACUGUCAAGCAAAACAGAAGUUAUAGUAUCCUCCUCACCCUUUUGAUAUUGUUUGAAUGACACUUCUGUGCUUUAUAAUUUUUAUUUAUUACUGAUUAAGGGGCAGUUGAGUCAGAUUGUGCAGCACCUUCUUAAAAGACCAAUCAGAAGCAAGCCUCCCACUUCCCCCAGUUAAAUUGAGCCAAGUGUGAGUGUAAUUAUUUGCAUGGGCAAAAAGAUUUUGGCAGGGAGAUUUUGUAUUGAUGCUGGGCUUCUUUUUUUCAGAGACGACGUGGCAAAGGCAGUGAAACAGUUUAUCAGGUAAGGCACAGCAAUAGCAAGCCUAUCUCCCUACAAACUUCAGGGUCACAAUCCUAUGGAAGCAAGCUGCACAAAAACAGCUCACACAGGAAUCUUGUUUGCCUUUGCUUUAAUUAGUUUCUGGCAUACAUGCACCCUGUCAAUUUGGAUCACCUUUCUACAAUGGGAGAACAGAGCAAGUGCCCUGUUCCUCACUUUGAGCCACCUAAGAGAAUAUUUUUGCUUGCCCAGAGGUGUUAAUGCAGUCUGUGAAGGAACAAGUACAGAGGCGCUUCUAAGGGCAGUAUACAACUUUGCUUCCUCCAACAAACAAUGGACCAGUCACAUUCUUCUCCUAAGCAGGACUUUUGCCUUGCUAUGAGUAUCAGCCUGUCACCUUUAUUUACUCUGGAUAGAAAGCCAGAGUUGUUGGACUUAGCAGGGGCAUAUGGACUUAGUACUUCUGAUUAAUAACUACAGUUAUAUUGAUUUAGUUAUAACUUUGAGUCAUCUCAUCUUUCUUUAUCAGGGUCUCAGCAAAGCAACGAAGGAUACAUACGAUGUCCUUCAAAUGCAGCCCCUACCACCUCCUUACUAGCUACAGUUGAGUCUAGCAAGAGGAGAACUAUUUCCAUGGCGAGCGGGAGUCUUGAUUACCAUUCUCAAGAUGAUCUGUUCAGAAAUCUGUUGCCUUCUACAACAAAUGCCACUUUUACAUGAGCAUAAAAACCAAAGCUCCUUUUUAAAACUAAUUUCAAGUUGUAGCUUUCAAAGUGUACAUAGCUAUAGAGCUUGGGCACCAUGUUGUUGCUCAGUUAAAAUUUAAGACCAGCUGUUGCGAUGGCCAUUUCAAAGUCAUUUUCUUUUCUGGAGAAAGAUGUUUUUUGAAGCUAAGUGUGCAUUAAAAAAUGUUGCUCAUGUGGAACGAUUUCGUUCCAAAACAUCAGAUAAUUCUGAGCACCAACAGGUUAACUGUUGUUAUAGGUUUGGGUUUUUAUUUAUAAAUAGCAAUUGGGGUUUGGGGGAGGAGAUAUACAGUGUAUCACCAUUGCCCUGAAGGACCUUUUUAAACACUCUUUUGCCAAGAUACAAAAACAUGCACCACCAUUGACCUUGGACUGAGUGCAGUAGGGCAUUCUUUUGAGUAAACAUGCACAGCUAAAGGGAUUUAAUAUGAAAAUUGACUUACGCUGCAUGAGAAGUAUGGGCAGGCACAGACAGUAUGUUCCCAUAGUUAAGAGAAUAGAAGUAGGUUCUUCUUCCACAGGACAUAUGGUUGGUUGAAAUGAGUAAUACAUUACCUCCUGUUUUAAAUGUAGAUGCUUCAAAUUCCUGUUAAGACAGAAUGCUGAUCAAACUUGUCAGGUGCUGCUGUCCUGGUUAAGUGAGCUUAAUACCAGUGGAGCAAGGGGGGAAUUAGCUGGGGAGCAUGUUUACACAAAGGAAUAGCCAGUGGAUUUACUCCAUAGUGUGUUUAGAGUUGUAGCCUUAGGACGUGGGAAGUCACAGCUGCCUAUUAUGCUUUUUCCCCAGGCAAAUGCCUAUUGUGAGAAUUUUAUACCUUGAAUCUAUUUCCCUUACCUAGUUUCACAGAGGAGUUUUAUUCCUUCUGCCCAUCUUAUCAGACUGGCUGAUCCAAAAAGGGUUCACAUACAUCUCUAUCAGCAAAAUGGAAGUGAGAGUCUGCUUGUCAGAACUCAUACCAGACUAAGGCUGCAUACACCCACUUCCCGAACUCAGGGGCUGUAGUUUAUUCCUUACAGAGCAAUUCCCAGCACCCUUAAACUACAGAUCCUAGGAUUCUUGGGCUGGAUUUAGGUUUGAUGAGGCCCUUUGUAUGUCCAGCUGUCCUUUGUCAACAACAAAUUGUUGCUCUUUUUUGUGUUGAAUAUAUGCUAUAUGGUAAUUUAUGGACCUAAUAGGUAUCUAAAGCCAUUUGCACAUAACAAAAUAUGUAUUUUAUCAAAGUAAUUGUUAAACAUCUUCUCAAUUGUAUUUCAGUUCAUCUUAUAUAUUGGAAAUAUACAUCCAGUUUUUUCCUUUAAAUUUUUUGGAGGCCUCCAAGAGAGUAGGGCCCCAAGCUAUAUAGCUCUUUUUAGCUUAUAUGUAAAUCCGGCACUGGGCAGAGGUGGUUAAAUGUAUGGGGUGUGCACAGCCUAAAUCUGAUCUUUCAAAAAUACACUUCUGGAGCUUUAAAUCUAUGAAUUAAGUUGAAAAGAACAAAGAAAAUGCUUUUCUAUCUAAAGAACUGAAACCAUGUGUUCUGUGUAUUUUUAAAUAAAAGCUUCUU